UUCCAGAAAGGCGGGCGCCUACUCAUCUCAACAAACAAACAAAUAAACAAAGCCCAGCCCAAAAACUCUCUCUUUGCAUCUCCUCCUCCAUUUCAGUCUCUCCAACGCACAAAUAAAAUUCACAAAAACCUAUAUAUAUUUUACAAAGUCAGUGCGAUCUGGUUCGAUCAUCGAACCCUAAAAACCCUGCUUCACUGUUUUUUUUUUUCUGGGUACUUUUUAUUUGAUCGGUUUGGUACCAGAAAAAUGUCUUACGCAUCUCAUAUCAUCCACCACUCGAAAAAGUUAAGGAAUGCUCCCAACUUACUACGGCAAGAGCAGGCCCUCUUGGUUCGUUUUUUUUCUCAUGAUGCUCAACCAUCUAUUGAUAUACGGAAGGCCCAUCGCCACAGUUAUGUGCCUUCAGAAAGAGCAAGAGUUUGUAGGUCUUUCAGCAGUACCACUAAAUCAUUGUCGGGUACAUUUACCAGGGAUGUCUCAACGACAAUGAAACUAGGAAAUUCAAUUUCUGGUCCGAUAUCCAACAAACAGCUUUCAUGUAUGCAGGUGCAAUUGAGGAGAGGCUUUUCAUCCGAUGCAGCCCUUCCUCCACACCAAGAACUUGGAAUGCCUUCUCUUUCACCCACUAUGUCUGAGGGUAAUAUUGCAAGGUGGUUGAAGAAAGAGGGCGAUAAAGUUUCUCCUGGUGAAGUGCUCUGUGAAGUUGAAACUGAUAAAGCUACAGUGGAGAUGGAAAGCAUGGAAGACGGUUAUCUUGCCAAGAUUGUACGAGGAGAUGGGACCCAAGGAAUUAAAGUUGGCGAGGUGAUUGCAAUAACUGUUGAAGAUGAGGAAGAUAUUGCAAAAUUUAAAGAUUACACACCAUCAGCAUCAGGUGCCAGCGCUGCUGCAGCUAAAGCGUCACCUGAGCCUACCCCUCCCAAAAAGGAGGUGGUUGCAGAACCAGUUACUUCUCCAGAGCCAAAGGUUUCAAAGCCCAGUGCAGCUGCCCCUUCUGGUGAUCGCAUAUUUGCUAGUCCUCUUGCAAGAAACUUGGCUGAAGAGCACAAGGUGCCCCUAUCAAGUAUCAAAGGAACGGGUCCUGAUGGAAGCAUUGUGAAGGCUGAUGUUGAAGAGUAUUUGGCUUCCCGUGGGAAGGAAGCUCCCAAAGCUAAGGGUGGGGCACCUGCAGCAUUAGCAUUAGAUUACACCGAUAUCCCUCAUUCUCAGAUACGGAAGAUCACAGCUUCAAGAUUAUUAUUAUCAAAGCAAACAAUUCCUCAUUAUUAUUUGACUGUAGAUACAUGUGUUGACAGACUCAUGGAUUUGAGAGGCCAACUCAAUGCAUUACAAGAAGCAUCAGGUGGGAAGCGGUUAUCUGUUAAUGAUCUCGUAAUUAAGGCUGCUGCUUUGGCUCUUCAAAAGGUUCCUCAAUGCAAUAGUUCAUGGACAGAUGAUCACAUCCGCCAGUUUCACAAUGUGAACAUUAAUGUUGCAGUGCAGACAGAAAAUGGACUCUUUGUGCCUGUCGUUAGGGAUGCAAACAAGAAGGGACUCUCCAGCAUAGCUGAGGAGGUCAGGCAGCUGGCCCAAAAAGCCAGAGAGAACAGCUUAAAGCCAGAAGAUUAUGAGGGAGGCACAUUUACAGUAACGAAUUUGGGAGGUCCAUUUGGCAUCAAGCAAUUUUGUGCCAUCAUUAACCCUCCUCAAUCAGGCAUUCUUGCAGUUGGAUCAGCUGAGAAGAGGGUUGUACCUAGUUCUGGGCCCGAGCAAUACCAGUUUGCUUCCUUCAUGUCUGUAACACUAAGCUGUGAUCAUCGUGUUAUUGAUGGUGCAAUUGGUGCGGAAUGGCUUAAAGCAUUCAAAGGCUACAUUGAGAACCCCGAGUCGAUGUUGCUCUAAAUAAACGGCUUUUUGAUCUUCAAUUCCAAUAAUUUUUUCCCUUGUGUGAUUUGUCAAGACGAGGGAAUUGUAUGAUACCCAGCUCUUCUUCUCAGUCUUUAACUUGGGCUUCGGAUGAUUGUAUAACUGAGGAAUUCACUUUGUAGGGUUCAUUUUUAAUUCAAAGUUGGCAUAGCUUUUUGAAAUAAAAGGGGUUGAUCGAGGGUUCAGAUUUCGGAAGUAAUUUUGCUCAUGUAGAGUAUAAUACCCCGUUGUAUGCGAGAAUAAAUUUGACUUUAACCCAUGUUUUUCCUCAGAUAAUUGUGAAUAUUGGAAGGUUUAGAUUCGGUUAUAAUGCUACGACUUCUAUUCAAAUA